AUGACCUUGUUAGUGGGCGGUUUUGAGUCCCACGUUUUAUUCGACUCUGGAGCAUCGAAUUGCUUCAUUACACCGGAGCGUGCCGAGAAGAGUGGCAUCCGGAGUAGCGCGGGCGAGAGCGCGGGCAUGGUCAAGGUGGCGGGAGGUGGAUUCUUGUCUACUUUGGGCCGUGCUAGAGGAGUCGAGAUCGAGAUUGCGGGGCAGUCAAUGCCAGCAGACUUAGUCAUCAGUCCGGUGGAGCUGUAUGACGUUAUUCUCGGGAUGGACUGGUUGUCACACUACAGAGUUCAUCUGGAUUGCUACAGAGGUAGAGUGGUCUUCGAGCGAGAUGCAGGGAGGUUGGUUUAUCAGGGAGUGAGACCGACUUCCGGGAGUAUUGUGAUAUCUGCUAUUCAGGCCGAGCAGUUGUUAGUGCGGGGCUGUGAGGCGUAUCUGGCGACGAUUUCUAUGUCUGAGUCAGGAGCUGGAGUUGUUAUGGGAGAUAUUGAGGUUGUCCAGGAUUUUGAGGAUGUCUUUCAGUCACUGAAGGGAUUACCACCAUCUCGGUCUGAUCCUUUCACGAUUGAGUUAGAGCCGGGGACAGCACCAAUAUCGAAGACGCCUUACAGGAUGGCGCCAGCUGAGUUGGCAGAGCUGAAGAAGCAGAUAGAGGACCUUUUGUCUAAGGGGUUCAUUCGACCAAGUGUUUCACCGUGGGGAGCACCGGUGUUGUUUGUGAAGAAGAAGGAUGGCAGUUUCAGACUUUGUAUUGAUUACAGAGGUCUUAACCGAGUCACUGUGAAGAACAGGUACCCACUCCCGAGGAUUGAUGAGUUACUGGAUCAGUUGAGGGGUGCUACUUGGUUCUCCAAGAUUGACUUGGCAUCGGGGUAUCAUCAGAUCCCGAUAGAUGAGGCAGAUGUCAGGAAGACUGCUUUCAGGACGCGUUAUGGGCAUUUUGAGUUUGUGGUUAUGCCUUUCGGUUUGACUAACGCGCCGGCAGCCUUCAUGAGAUUGAUGAACGACGUGUUCAGGGAGUAUUUGGAUGUGUUCGUCAUCAUUUUCAUUGAUGAUAUUCUGGUAUACUCGAGGAGUCAGGAGGAGCAUGCGACUCACUUGAGGUUGGUUCUGGAGAAACUUCGGGAGCAGAAGCUUUUCGCUAAGUUGAGCAAGUGCAGUUUCUGGCAGCGAGAGAUGGGAUUUCUUGGCCACAUUGUUUCUGCAGAGGGAGUUUCUGUGGAUCCGGCUAAGAUUGAGGCUAUCAGAGAUUGGCCUAGACCUAGUAGUGCCACCGAGAUCAGGAGUUUUCUGGGUUUGGCAGGAUACUACAGGAGGUUCGUCAAGGGGUUUGCUACCAUGGCGCAGCCGAUGACGAAGUUGACCGGGAAGGAUGUCCCUUUUGUUUGGUCAGCUGAGUGUGAGGAGAGCUUUAGUCAGCUCAAGGAGAUGUUGACUACUACACCAGUGUUGGCGUUACCCGAGCCAGGGAAGCCUUACAUGGUGUAUACAGAUGCUUCAGGCAUUGGUCUUGGUUGUGUGCUGAUGCAGGAGGGCAGAGUGAUAGCAUAUGCUUCGAGACAGUGGCAGGGCAGUGAGCGUAACCGUCCUACACAUGACUUAGAGUUGGGAGCAGUGAUCUUCGCGUUGAAGAUUUGGAGGUCUUACUUGCUAGACGCGCUGGUUGAGUUCUUGGCGGAUUAUCAGGUGAGCAUUAACUACCAUCCGGGCAAGGCUAACCUAGUGGCGGACGCGUUGAGUAGACGGAGGUAUGAUUCCGCAGUUGAGCGAGAUGUGGAGUCUCUAGUUGGCGAGAUCAGUACCUUGCGUUUGUGUGCCAUUUCGCAGGAGCCUUUGGGUUUGGAGGCAGUGGAUCAGGCGGAUCUACUUAGCAGGAUCAGAGUUGCUCAGCAGAGUGAUCAGAGUUUGCUGGAUGCGACUAGAGUGACUGGUUCUGAGUAUGAGGUCUCUGCGAAUGGGACUAUCUUGGUUCGUGGGCGAGUUUGUGUGCCUAAGGAUGUGGAGUUGAGACAUCAGAUUUUGGGAGAGGCUCACGCGAGCAAGUUUUCCAUUCAUCCAGGAGCGACCAAGAUGUACCAUGACCUCAAGAGGUACUAUCAUUGGGUCGGGAUGAAGAGGGAUGUAGCAGACUGGGUUGCGAAGUGCAACACUUGUGCCUUGGUGAAGGCAGAGCAUCAGGUUCCGGGUGGUCUUUUGCAGAGUUUACCCAUUCCCGAGUGGAAGUGGGAUAGGAUUACGAUGGAUUUCGUGGUUGGACUACCUGUUUCAAGGACUUUCGAUGCUAUCUGGGUGAUUGUGGAUCGGUUGACUAAGUCUGCACAUUUCUUGGCCAUCAAGAAGACAGAUGGAGCUGCUGUCUUGGCUAGGAAGUUUGUGCGAGAGAUUGUGAGGCUGCAUGGAGUGCCAGCUAGUAUUGUGUCAGACCGUGAUCCCAGAUUCACUUCAGAGUUUUGGAGGGCGUUUCAGGCAGAGAUGGGCACUAAGGUGCAUCUGAGUACAGCUUAUCAUCCGCAGACAGAUGGUCAGUCAGAGAGGACUAUUCAGACUUUGGAGGAUUUGCUGAGGAUGUGUGUGUUGGAUUGGGGUGGCCAUUGGGCAGAUCACCUAAGCUUAGUUGAGUUUGCAUACAACAACAGCUUUCAGGCGAGUAUUGGCAUGGCUCCAUUCGAGGCUUUGUAUGGGAGGCCAUGUAGGACACCCCUAUGCUGGACCCAAGUGGGGGAGCGCAGCAUGUAUGGAGCUACUUAUGUUCAGGAGACGACAGAGAAGGUUCGUGUUGUGAGGCUGAACAUGAAGGAGGCUCAGGAUAGGCAGAAGAGUUAUGCAGAUAGACGCAGACGAGAGCUUGAGUUUCAGGUUGGAGAUAGAGUUUAUCUCAAGAUGGCUAUGUUGAGGGGUCCUAACAGAUCCAUAGCAGAGAACAAGCUGAGUCCGCGAUUUAUGGGUCCGUUUCCAGUAGUGGAGCGAGUUGGGCCAUUAGCUUACAGGCUGGAGUUGCCUGAGAUUAUGAAAGCCUUUCACAAGGUUUUUCAUGUGUCGAUGCUGAGGAAGUGUCUUCAUCCUACAGAGGAGUUAGUGGCUAGGAUUCCAGAGGAUCUUCAGCCAGAUUUGACCGUGCCGGCAGUGCCUAUGAGGAUUUUAGAGAGGAGGGAAAAGGUUCUGAGGAACAAGAGGAUUCCCUUACUUAGGAUUUUGUGGGAUUGCAGUGGUUCUACAGAGGAGACUUGGGAGCCAGAGGCAAAGAUGAAGUUGAAGUUCAGGAAGUGGUUCGACAAGCAGGUCGAGGAGUGA